AAGAGAGUCUGGAGCAAGUCUGCGAAUCUGAAGAUCACAUUGAUUUGUGAACUUCUGAUUAUAAAUAUGGAUCCACGUUUAAAAACGCCUUUACUUUUUCAAGACAAAAUUAUACGCCGGUGCACACUACCAUGCCGGGACAAGGGACAUUAUCACUGCCCUUUGUGCAAAAGGACAGUUAUUCGCCGGGUUGACAUGGAAAGGCAUUUAGUGCUGUGUCAGAGUCUUCCACCCGCUGUACCCUCUGCAGCAGUGAGCCUGCCACUCGCUGUACCCUCUGCAGUUGUGGUGGAACACUCAUAUGCGCUGCCUUCUCCAACUGUGCUGACUGAAGCGGAAAAAAACACAAAUUUGGUCAGAUGCACUCAAUGUAACCUUACUGUUCUUCGGAAAAACUUAAAAACACACUUGCUGAGGAAGCAUGUAGAUAUGCCACAAGAUAUUACACAAGUGAAUCAUUUACAAAGUGUAUGUGUUGAUGAAAAAAAUGGCAUAUUUGCUGUACAAAAAACUAGACAUGGGUUUUCAGUGCCAGUACAUGUACAAAGAAAAAUCUGGGGUAAAACUCAUCAGGUCAGAUGUGAGUUAGAGGAAUGCCACCAGUAUCAUUUGCUGGCUCAGAGGAGUGGACUUAGCUAUAGUUUAUGUGAGCAUGUCCGCUCUAUAGAUUACUGCAGAAAAACUGUUCCAGAAAUAUUUCUCAAGGAAGACAUCCUGAGGGAAAUGAUGUCUCUGAAAUUCUUUGGCGAGCCAAAGGUUGUAACGUGUAUAAACAGGCAAAAAGUUGCUCAGGUGGCACCUGUUCCAGUUGCAGUGAUGGUGGAGUUUGGGGAAUCAGCAUCACAGAUAUGUCUUUCCAUUCAUGAGCCUAAAAUACACAGUUUUUGCCGUCUUGGCAGAAUAUUUGUGACAUACAACAAACAGAAGAACACCUGGCAUUGUGCCUGUGCCAAGCCACGAACAUUGUGUCCUCACAAAAGCAUUUCAAAGUGGGUUCUCUUUCAAACACAAAGAGAUCUCUUCAGGACAAAGGUUCCACCUUCACCAGGAUCACCUUUGCUGAUAUCAGGGAAUGCGUCUGGAUCUCUACACAAUACUGCUGUGGAGCGAAGUGUGCGCUACAUAUUUAAAGAAAAAAAAAUUCCUCAGACACUGCCAAAAGAGAUCACUGAACAAAAAAAUAAAAUGGAACCUGAAAAAGUUUGUUCCUGUUGAGACAUUGUGUCAAUUAUGCCCAGGAAAUCCUGUACUCGAUAAGGCAGUGCAGGUCACUAAUAAAGCUCGAAUUGUCAGCAUGAUGGGCGUUACUGAGAAUGUUACAUCCUUUUGUAGGAGGUGUCCUCAGUGCACUAUGGUGUACAGGUACCAGGAGUGGAAAGAUGGCCUUCACAACUUUGAUGACCAUAUUUUCCUAUGUCUUGAACUGUGCCUUUUUCUCAGGGAAAAUAUACAGAACCACGUGUCUGUGUCAAGAGUCAUCGACUCAUUGGAGGGGUUAAGACAAGAGAAGUUUCCUUCCAGGGAUGCCAUUUUCCAUGCUUAUUGCCACUUUGAGGCUUUGACUGACACAGAGUACACCUUCUCCUGCAUUAAUUGUGGAUUUCACCCCCCUGUGGUAGUCAUGGAUUUGCACCGAAAGGGGGUUUUCAACUUGAAAGUGAGUGACCUCAAAGCACCACCUGAAGACUUUGAAGGUGAACAUAAUAUUGAAGAAUUUUGGAACUCUGUUCAUCUAGAGAUGAUAAGUCGUGGUUUUUUCUCAAGCAGUGCAAAAAACCCAUUUGCUGUUUUGCCAAGCUACGAACACUGGGCACCAUGGAUUGGCAGUGAAACGCGGAAAAGUGACAUUGUGCUCAACACUGAAUUUAAAAAAGUGAGGACCUGUCUUUCUUCAGAUGAAGCACAGCUUGGCAGUGUCACAGAAGACCGACUGAUUGACGAGCUGACAAAACAAAAGGUUGGAGUUGUGAGAAGACUGUGCAGGGCCUGUAAAAUUGAUUCCAAGGGGUCUCGGUUUGACCUCAUCACCAGACUACGGGAGAGGAUGAAAGCAAACAUGGUGUAUGAUAAGGUUUUUCAAAGCAUUUGGGGAGCCUCUGGCGGAUGGUCAGUUAUACUAUGUCCACAUGGGAUUGUAUACAGCAUUAAAUUUAAUCUUCGUGCUGAAAGUCCUCGAGACUUUGCAGACCUCCUCCUCUGCUGGAAGCACAUACCCAACAUCUGUGUUUAUGACUUUGCAAGAGGUUUAGCAGCACACACCAACUUAGGAGUUCCCCACACCUUGCCGUUCCAACCACAUGAGGGUAGACUGGCUGAACCCACAGAAGAAAAUAUCAAGGCAGCACAAGAUGGAAAAAUGCAGGUGUGUCUUCCAUGGUAA